GUGGAGCUCCGAGGGGGCGUCUCCGACCUUAGCGAGGGGGCGGUCGGGCUGGCUGGUCUGGGGAGGAGGCCGCCGCGAGGAACCCGAUGCGGACCGGCGGCGCCGCAGAUGGCUUCGCCUGGAGGCGACGACUGCGGGGGCGCCACGCCCGAGGCGGACCGGCCUCGCCAGCGGCCCUUCCUGAUCGGGGUGAGCGGCGGCACCGCCAGCGGCAAGUCCACGGUGUGUGAGAAGAUCAUGGAGCUGCUGGGGCAGAACGAGGUGGACCACCGGCAGCGGAAGGUGGUCAUCCUGAGCCAGGACAGGUUCUACAAGGUGCUGACGGCGGAGCAGAAGGCCAAGGCCUUGAAGGGACAGUACAACUUCGACCACCCAGAUGCCUUUGACAAUGACUUGAUGCACAGGACUCUGAAAAACAUCGUCGAGGGCAAAACUGUCGAGGUCCCAACCUAUGACUUUGUGACCCACUCGAGGUUACCGGAGACCACGGUGGUGUACCCGGCGGACGUGGUCCUGUUUGAGGGCAUCCUGGUCUUCUACAGCCAGGAGAUCCGGGACAUGUUCCACCUGCGCCUCUUUGUGGACACGGACUCCGACGUCAGGCUGUCGAGAAGAGUUCUCCGAGACGUGAACCGCGGGAGGGACCUGGAGCAGAUUCUGACCCAGUACACCACCUUCGUCAAGCCAGCCUUCGAGGAGUUCUGCCUGCCGACAAAGAAGUAUGCGGAUGUGAUCAUCCCCCGAGGGGUGGACAAUAUGGUCGCCAUCAACCUGAUCGUGCAGCACAUCCAGGACAUUCUGAACGGGGACAUCUGCAAGUGGCACCGUGGAGGGGCCAACGGGCGCAGCUGCAAGAGGACGUUUCCUGAGCCCGCAGACCACUCCGCGGUGCUGGCCGUCGGCAAACGGUCGCACCUGGAGUCCAGCAGCAGGCCGCACUGAGGACGGGUGUGCCUCCCGCAGGCCCGGAGGCGCCCGCCUGCCCCCAGACACCUGCUGCUUCCUGUCCGCCUCUGGGACGGUCCCGUGAGUCAGUGUCCUCAGUACCGGGGCGCUGGACGCGGGGUCCCCCCAGUUCGAUGGGGUGGGGGCUGUGUCUGCACCUGCUCCCUCGUGGUGAGGAGGAUAGGCAGGCCAGGUCACUGAGAAAUGCCACAGGGCGCGUGGCAGCCUGUGAUGCUCACGCGGGGACACGGGGCCGCGCUGUGGGGGGAGGAGGGACAUCUGGACACUGUGCUCAGUGUUCUGACUGGUCUCAUGGCGAGUUUCUCUGGUGUGAUCAGUUCUCACAUGUGCGACUGAAAGUGUGAAAAUACCUCCCCUUUUUAUGUUGUACGUCCCAUGUUUUCUGUUCUAUUCUGUUUCCUAACACCGUGUAGUGAGCUAGUAACCCCGUUUCGUGACCCGCAGUGGGUGUGAUCCAGCCUGUGACAGGCUGACCUGACCUGAGGAGCCAGCGAGGCCUUUCUCCUGGCCUGGGCUCCAGGGCAGGGCGGGGCAGGAGCCUUGGGGACAGGCGUCUUUUUAACCAGCACCAGACAGGAAGCAGGGACACCCACUCACCCAGCCCCGGCUGGGGAGGGUCCACCAGGAGACCCUGAGCCCAGGGUGCUGUCCCACCUCUAGCCAAGGAAUAUGCUGGACCUGAGGCAUGAGCGAGUGCUGUGGCCCAAAGCCAGCCCCUCUCCCUCCCUCACUGAGUCCAUGCCCCAAGCCCCCGUGGCCUGUGUCGUCCUGGAGUGUCUUCCUUCCCACGUGGUGGCCACGUGUUAAAGGGGUCCUGCCCCAUCACUGUGCUAACCUGCGCGGCACUCUGAGUUCUUUCUAUGGAGUAGUAGCUGGUCACACAACUGACAUCGGCUGAGCCGUGGCUGGCUGCUGGUGACUCAGUUUCGUCAAGCGUGUUGUGCCCUUCGGGGAGAGAAUCAAUAAAUAACCAAUAUGAA